AUGUCUCGCAGGCCACAGGAUAUACAUUGCGGGCGACACGUUGUGCGUACGUUGUGCGUCGACGAAUUCAAGGCCAUCCCACGGCGGCUUCAAGGCCACCAAGCAUGCACAUUGGGGGAACCACCAUCCCAGGCCCCAGUAUACCUAUGCUAA